GCAAAAUGGCGGGUGAUAUGUACUUGGAAAACUUGGAGGAGUUUGUGUUUGACGAAGACAAAGUGGUGACGUAUCGAUGGCUGAGCCAGACAUUGUCAGUGCACGUCAACAGAGCAAAACAGAUGUUGGCAACAUUUGUUGAACAGACAAAACCUAAAGCAGUCAACGUCACAUACCUAUUGAGUGGUAUAGAGGAGAAAGAAAAUGGAGUCAAAGUUAACAUAGUUACUUUAGUGUCUGACGACAAUUUAAAAAAAUCAGAAGCGUCUCUAAGCAAGGUCCUCAGCAAGCAUGUCUACAGCGUCCAGCAGGCCAAGUUGAAAGACACCAACAGUCUCUACAUGACAGACUAUGAGAUUAUCAAAGAAAAUAUUACACAACCAAACAGGUAUAGUGCAAUCAAAUGCACAGAGGCCAAACAAAGAACUCCAGAGGAACUGGCAGAGCUCUCAGGCAAUGAUCACGCUUCUGCCCCCAAUACCCCUCCAGCACGACCGAAGAUGAACGGGAACGCUGAGAAGCACAUCAUUGAGAAUCUCAAACCGGAGCCGCAAAAGAGUCUGGCUUCUAAACCCAAAAAGGGUCAGGGACAACUCUCAUUCAAAGCUUUCUCAGGUACGAGCGGAAAGGGUUCCUCGGAGAAAUCAGAGGAGAAGACGAAAGAGGUGAUUGCCACUCAGAAACAGGAGACCUCAAAGAAACAGGGUCCCAGUAGCAAGGCCAAGGGGGGCAUGAUGGCAUUCCUGAACAAACCCUCAACCAAGAAGGUCAAGAAAGAGGAGGAAAGUACCCCGCCAAAAGAACCAGUUUCUUCAGAACCUGUUCCUUCAGAACCUGUGGUUCAAACAUCUCAAAAGAAGAAAGAUGCAGGAGUGAAGAGCAAGAGAAAAGCGACCAAGAGUAAUAUUUCAGAUUCUGAUUCGGAAGAUGACACGACCAACAAACAAUCAUCAAAACGCAGACGACGGAUCAUACAACAAGACAGCAGUAGUAGCGAGAGUGAAGAAGAGCUGAGUGACAUGGAAGAAGACAGUCCGAUACCGCCGACCCCGCCCCCUCCCGCGAUGGAGACGAAUGACUCUGAUGAUGGUGAGGAGGAAGAGGGGACAGUAGUUCCUGAGAGGUCUUCCCACGGAACGAGUGCUCAACCCAGCAGCGGGAAGAAACGCAGACGGAAGAGAGUUCUAAAGAAAAAGAUUACUAUCGAUGAUGACGGUUGUAUGGUCACUGAUAAGGUGUGGGAAAGUGAGUCCACAGAUGCCAGUGAAGAUGAGGCCCCGCCCGCAAAGACCACACCCAGCUCGUUACCGUCUCAGCCAAGCCCUAAGGAGGGAGGAGCCCCCAAGACAGACGGAGGAGAGGAUGAGGGUAAGAAAAAGACCUCGCCCGGAAGUGGAAGUGGGAGUGGGAAGGCAAAGCAAAGAUCACUGAUGAGUUUCUUUAAGAAAAAAUGAGAACAGAAAAAAAAUUCACCUUUGGCACAAUAUGCUAUCACCAGGGUUCUUUCCUCAGUGGUCUGUGCCGGAAAACCCGCCCUGCACUCAGUAUUCUCCAACCACCACUGGCAGAAUUGUUUCCGACCACCACACAGUUUCCAAAUUUGUGUAGUUACAACCUGCAAUUUCCUUUCAAAGGAUUUCAACAAAUGAUCAAUUGUGUAUUUACCAGUAAAACACAAUGGUAUCCAAAGCUAUACAUUUUGAGUACUUCUUUGGUUAGAGUCUACUGUUAUGUUAAAGGGAAAAACAAUUUUCCACCACAUAAGAAAUCCUUGGCAGAACCCUGUAUGACAAUUGGAGGUACAAGUUAACUGCCAAAUGUCGUAAUGGCCAAUCACGGCACCGUAUAUACCUCACAUGACCAACCACUUUACAUAAAUUGAAUCCAGAAUCGUGCAUAUGCAUUUCACUGCAGUGUAUCAUACUUUAUUUAUUCAAUGUACAAGUUUGUGCACAUACAUCAUGCACACAUCUUAGUUGUAUUUAUACUUUAGAUCUUUUUCAAGUCGCCAUUCUCCCACAUCAGUGUCUUGCCACUGGCUAAAAUUUUAGCAAGCAUUUUGUACCAAUGGCAUUCCUUUAUGCAUUAAUAUAAUUUGUUUCACACUGAGUUGUGUUUAUUUGCUUCUUAUAAAAGCCCAGUUCAAACCUCAUGUGAAAGCAAACUAUGGGUGCGUUCGUUUAGCUUCCCUGGGUCGACCCCGGUGUGUGGCGUUUUUUUUUUCCAGGACGAUUGUG